GCGGCGAUGUGGCCGGCGGGAAGGGGCCGCGGCAGCUGCUCGCCUUUUGGAUAAUCCCUGCCCCUGCCGCGGGUCUCGGGCAGCGGCACUCUCUUGUCCGUGUGUGGCAUGCGGAGCCGGGGUUUUGUAUGGCAUUUGCGAGCCGAGCGAGGUCACGGUUCCUUUUUUAAAAAUUCUUUGCUCUGGAAGUCUUUCUCAUGUGGAAGCACGCUGCUCCCUAACUUCUGGCUAAGCAGACUUCAAUUCACCAACUUUGCUGCCGCACAGCACGCGUAACUCCUUGGCAGGAUGGCAGUCGAAAGAACAGCUGGUGCAAAGCAAUAGGGGAUUCCUAGCGAGGAGGAGGAGGAAGGACGAUCACCAACCUUUCGCCCGACGGCUGUCAGAGCAGCAGGAACGGGACAGCUGAAGCCACCAUGCGCAGGUCCAGCACCGAUGAGUCCACCUAUCACAGGAGCCCUUCCCUGGACAGCAAGGAUUACAGUUUCCCAAAUGGCGCCUUCCGUCGAUACAGCAGCAUGUAUGGUGGCCAGUUUGGGGCUGCCAGCAACUCUUUUUUUGGAUUUCAUACCAACCCAGGCCCGAAGGCCACCAAGGCUAAGUACACGACCCCCAAGGGAAACAAGUACGUUGUCUUUUACCUGGAUCUCUCAUUUAUUUUUCUCCUAGAACUGAAGAGGUGCAGCAUGGCUCACAACUGUCUGCAGUGUAUCAAGUACCUAAUGUUUGUUUUCAACCUUCUCUUCUGGUUGGGAGGCUGUGGAAUCCUUGGUGUAGGCAUCUGGCUGGCUGUUACCCAAGGGAACUUUGCCACCCUCUCCUCUUCUUUCCCAUCCCUGUCAGCUGCCAACCUGCUGAUCGUCACAGGAACGUUUGUCAUGAUCAUUGGCUUCGUGGGCUGCAUAGGUGCCAUCAAAGAAAACAAGUGCCUCCUGCUGAGUUUUUUUAUCAUGCUGUUAAUUAUAUUUCUGUUGGAGCUCACUGUUGUGAUUCUGUUCUUCGUCUACACCGACAAGAUUGACAAGUAUGCUCAGCGGGAUCUGAAGAAAGGACUUCACUUGUAUGGGACAGAUGGAAACAUUGGCCUCACUAAUGCAUGGAGCAUCAUUCAAACAGAUUUCAGAUGCUGUGGAGUCUCCAACUACACGGACUGGUUCGAAGUGUACAACACGACCCGGGUGCCAGACUCCUGCUGCUUAGAAUUCAGUGAGAACUGUGGGCUCCAUUCCCCAGGGACCUGGUGGAAAGCGCCUUGCUAUGAAACUGUGAAAGUAUGGCUCCAGGAAAACUUACUGGCAGUGGGAAUCUUCGGAUUGUGCACAGCUAUGGUGCAGAUUCUUGGACUCACCUUUGCAAUGACCAUGUAUUGUCAGGUAGUCAAGGCAGACACCUACUGUGCAUAGAUACCAUUCCCAAUCUUUCUGCUUCUCCUCCAAAGGACACAGGAGAAAUCUCCUUCAUGCUCAUUCAUCUGACCUUUUUUUCCCCCCACUUUGUACUAUAAACUGUGUAUAAUGCUAUCUUUCUGAAGAUUUUGUGAAUCACCCCACUUUACUGAAGGAGGAAGAAAAGAAAGAAGUCAGUACUUGAACUGGUACAGGUAAGAAGCAGCCUUGUCUUUAAGCAGAGGAAAACCAAAAAGCAAUGGUUCUUUUUCCAUGGCCUGUGGCAAGGCAAGAGAGGCUGCUUACAAGGGGCUGACAGCAUCCCUUGUUAGGAAAAGAUGGCACUGAGGCAACCUCUGCAAAAGCUGCCAGGCUGCCUUCCCGCAUUUCCCAGUCUGGAAGAGAGGACGUAGAAAACAAAUGUUCUUCAGCAAGAAGGUACAGAGUAGCUAGGACUGAAUGCAAUUGUAAUUUUACUACAGUUUGCACACAACUAAAAUGUCAAGAUCAAGCAGCCCUGCCUCCAAGUGUCUCAAGAUGAUUUUGUAGCCAGGAGAGAAUCAUCUUCAGAAAUACAUUGUUUUAAAGGAGUAUUUUUAAUCUUACACGCCGCAAAGUCAGGCUUUUAAUCAGAAUCUGUACAGCGAAAUCCUGGCUGUUAAUGGAAAACAAUAUUGGACAUUGCCUCACUUCCUAAUUGCCAGUGGCAUAUAGAUGGUUGACUGCAUAUGUUAUAUAUAUAUAUUACAUUCAUAAACACAUACUUUUCUGAAAGGAGGUGAAAAUACCCAGCAUCUAACCUCAGAAAGAGGAAACCUUUCUAUUCUAUUUUACAUUCCAACUGAAAUAACCAAGUAUUAUUUCUUGUACAAGGCACUAUCACUUAUACCUCUGGGAAACAAGUAAUUACUUUCAGCUGUAUCUUCAUUUCAGUAAACAACUCGUGAGUGGGCUCUCUGUCAGUCUACUAUGGUUUUAUUUAUCAUCCUUGUUUCAAGUAAGUCUGCCAAAAAAUAUCACUCAUUUCCAUGCUUGAAGAUGUGUACAAAGCUGUCAGCUGUUCCUUCCCUGAAUGUCACCAUUUCAUUAAUUUACUUUGGGAUAACAUCAUCUGCAGGUAUGAUAGAGUUUGCCUUGCUGAGGAAAAAUCUUUCACACAUUGCUCAUUUUUCUGAGAGUUAUUAAGAUUUCAGAUGCUUUUAUGCUUACCUUUUUUUUCCUCCUAGCUGCACACUGACAACAGCCAAGACCCAUCAGUCUCUGUUAGAACUGGAGUCACUUCUCAGUGCUCUUUUUCAGAUGCAUUUUCCUUCACCUAGCUGCUGGCUAGAAUAUAAUCAACACUUUCUAGAAUAUCCUGGAAUCACAGAAGUAUGCAGAAAUCAAAACCAUUGCUUUCCUUAACCAGGGAACAGCCACUCAUUGAUAACUGAAGUAAUUGAUGUAGUACCCUCCUAUGCACAUCUUCUGGUGAUGAGAUUAAAAAUCAGAUGUGUCCUACUGUUCAAACAAAUAAUUCCCUGCCAGCAAACAGCUCCAGGUAGUGCAUGUGUGCCAGGGAGAAGCUGAAGCACCCCAGGGAAAAGACACAGCAGGGAACAGGCACACAGAGCAAUGCAGAUGGGCUGCUCCCUUCAGCCAGCAUUUGAGGAGCUCUCAGCCACUGCCACUUAGAGCAGAGAGCUGACCAUGGAGCUGUGUAUUCCCAGGAAGAUGAGUGCAGCCAUUCCUGCAGACUGGAAGCAGGCAUCAAGCUCCUAGAGAAAAUUACCUUGCUUACAACAGCAGGUCUCAGCUCUGAGUGACAUUCUGCAUGCUUUGAUUUAAAGCCAAUUGCCAAAUCACAGCCUAUUGAACAAUCACCCAUAACUAACCCUUUUCUGGACCUGCAUUAUUUGACAGGUUUGGGGUUUUUUUGUCUCUGCUGAUUUCCUGCAGUCUUCUCACCCUCAGGCAUGAGCUACUCCAUAUUUUAUGGGAAAUUGCUUAAGACUGGUGUUUAAAAGAGCAAUUAUCUUCCAAAAUUUCACCCCCAUGGGGCAUUUACCUGUGUAGGCUAAGAUAAAAGUAAUGUAUUAUUUGUGUGCAUUUUACGUGGCUUGCCAAUCACUAUCACAGCAACCUUCCCACCACUGAAUGAUUUUACUGUUAUGCAAACAAGCCCCAACAUUCCCAAACUGAGCAAGUAGCCCACACACAGGUGCCCUGUACUCCAAAGCAAGAGGCUGACUUGUGUUGCAAUUACCACAGUCCCCCUGCUCUCUGCUUCUUGAGCCCAGGCUGACCUGCAGACUGUCCUGCUCAGCAAAAGAUGGUGUAAGAUUGUUCCUUCCCUCUCUCUACUCUGUUCUUUUCUUAACCUGCAUAGAUACAAUUCCAGGUUGCCUGUACCAUUAGUUCUUGCCUUGGUUUAUAGUUUGUACACAGGGAUGCUUCUGCUGACAACUCUGAGUUUCUACCGCUGAAAAGCGGCAUGACACAGUGAUGAAUACAUUCAUAAAACAUUGAUUUUUUUUUUUUUUGAGACAGAUAAAAGGUAGACAAGUCUAUUUGUAGUGAUCCAUGCCAUUAAAAAUUAACACAAAAACAGCAGGCUGAUGAUGGUUCAGUUGAUGGGAGCAAACCAUUGUGCAGAACUCCCACAGAGAGCAACUUUCAUCAAUUUGCUUGAUGGUGGUGUAGGGAAAAGAAAGAUCACAAACCCUUCUCCUGUGAGUCUCACAGUAAUAUGUGCUGAGCUCCUAGAGAAUGCUUCUAGACUUCAGCUGAAGCUUCAGUGGAAACAAAAUAUGAGAAGCAGACUGGAGACAAGUCACAUUUUGUGGUUUCCUCUAAUCAUUUUCCACAGUUUAAGUGUCUUUACAAGACAAACUUCUUUGGUUUUUAAAAACCUAAAGAGAGUGUAAGCAACACUCACUUUGUAGAUCCCAGUCACUGCAACAAAAACAUACAGCUAGGGGAAAAAAUGAAACAAAAAACCCACAAACAAACAAAAAAACCCAAGCAGAUUAAAAAAAAAAAACCCAGAUCACAUAUUGCUGCUAAUAAUUUUUUUUUAAAUACUCUUCUUUCACUACCAAGAUGCUACUGCAACUUGUUCAUAAUUUGAACUGGACUAUUUUGUAUAUUUUAUGUUAGUAACUCUCUCCACACAGACCAAGCAGCUGUUACAGUGCUUACAGCAUUACCAGCACAAUCCAAUUUCAUACCUCUGAACACACUGCACAUAACAAGCCUCAGACUUACCAUAUUUUGUUAAGAUCACUGCAUCCUUUCUCUGCUGACAAGGUCAGAAGAUUUUGUGAUGUGUAACAGCAGCAAUCUUUUUAAAAAGCCCAAAAAGCAAAAAAAAAAAAAAAAAAGUUCCAUUUUACACAUUAAAAUGGUUGAUUAUAUAUAAGUAACCUGUAGUACAUAAUAUCCAUUUGAAAGGCUGCUGAUAUUGAAUGCAGGCAGAGCAACACAGAAGUCAUUCCAAUUGCUUCUAUUAGUGUCUUGUCACUUUUAGUAAAGCCUUUUAUAUUAUUGUGACUUCUUAUCUUUAAACAUGAAGGAGGACUCAAUACAUUUAAAUUAAAGACAGAACCAAAGGCAAUAAAGGAGCACUCCUAAUUUAUUCUCAUUGCUGUUUCUGCUUAAUAACAAGAUAUGAAGGCACAGGGCAUAUGACUAACCUACUGCAUUCAGCAACAUCAGGAUUUAGCUUUUUAGAUUCAGUCCAGUAUACUUUUGGCUUUUCUUUUUCACAAUUAUUUUUUAAAAAACCAAAAAUAUAUACUUAAUAGAAUAUGGUUUAUUUUCCUCUACUGUCACUAGCAGCCAAAUCUUAUUACUUGUACAAGAGAAUUACUUAGCUCUUCAUCAUACAGUGCACAAUCACUGAAAUUCACUUCAGUUUCUGUUCUGUGAAUAGUUCUUUGGUCUCCCCCCAUCAAAUUAAACUCAUAAAGGUUUAUUCUUUGAUCAAUAAUUAGCAUUUAAAUGCAGCAUUGUAGGAUUUAUAAUAUGGAGAGAAAGGAACUGCACAGGUAAAAAUCCUGUCUUGCAUCAGCAAUAGGGCUGCUAAGGGAAUCCACCCAAACUCUCACUUCUGACAAACUGAUGAGAACUGGUCACACUAAGUACAAGUGACUGGGCUGCCUCUUACACCUUCCCAGGGUAGGACAGGAGGUUGUCAGCAUGGACAAAGUCACAAAGCCUUUCAUUUACCCCUUGGCUUCGGUGUUGUGCUUUAAAUGUGGCACACCAAAGGUAAGCAACAGAAACCAGCAGUUGAUUGUGGCAUUUAUUUUAAACCCAGACUCUUUAUUUACUCUAAUUUAUCUGCAAGAAUUUGCUAAGUGUAAAUGAUCUGCAUAGAUAAUGAGUUAGACAGUUAGAAAACACGUUGGGACUUGCCAUGGGAAAUUUGGUUUGGAUUCCAUUGUGAAUUCUCCUCCCUUGUCACUGGUAUCUUACCACAGUGGGCAGUCUCCUCUGUUCUUUGGAUUUUGUUGCUGAAAUUACAAUGGUACAUUUUUGUGCGUUCAUAUUAAGAACAAAAUUUAAAAUAUACAUUUUAUUUUUUAAAAGUUAUUAAAUAUUCUUUAAAGUUUACAACAGAAUGUCUUUUGUAUUCUUUAUAAGCAACUGCACUACAAGCUGAAAAGUGAUUCUCUACAGACCAAGAGAUGUGCGUGUGGGCAAGUAAACACACACAUACUGUAUGCAAUUUAACAAAACCCUACAGUGUUCUACUUUGUCAUUUCUCAUUACCUUUGGUUUGACCUAUCCUUCCUUAGAAAUUUAUUAUUAUUUACAUGGCUUACCUAUUCCCAGGUGAACGUACACCUCUCUUUCCUUUUAAGGGCAGGCAACCUGAAAUUAUGUGGUAGUCAAAAACAAUUCAGAAACUACUGGGAGAUGAGGUUUAGUGUUAAAAAAAUAUUAAGACCCAAAACAAAUUAUUUUGUGUUCACAACUUGUCUGUUACUGAUAACUUUGAAAUAAAAGGACUUCUCUUUUUCUGAGGUAGUUGCUUACAUUCAGAAAUUACAUAGUAAAACUUUAAAAAUUAACACCAGACUGUUUUUUAAUUGAACAACUAGGAACUUGUACUGUGUCAGAUCAGAAGAAUGUCUGAUUAGCCAGGUAUGUUAUAUGCAGUCAUGUGUAACACUGCCUUUUUUAUACAAUUUUGUGUACCCUACACAUCAAACACUUUUGCAAGUGAAAUUACCUCUAAACUGUGCAUUUGGAACAACAACACAAGUGUACUUUUGAAAAUGUAAUGGGACAAGUAGAGACCCAGAGGUUUUAGAAGUUAUUGCAGGAAGCAUCAUAAAGGAUAACCCACAUAUUUGAUGGAAGUUUCUUACAGCUACCUUACUUUAGGAGAGAUGUUUACAUUACUUGAAUUGUCUCAAUCCCAUUAAGUGCACCACUAGAUGGUCUCAUCAACCACAUCUAUCUUUAAUCCUUUUCUGACUUUGUGAAACUUUACACUUUAGUCUUGCAGUAUAGCAGUGAAUUUCACAAUUUCUUCAUGUUGCAUUUCAAAUAAUCCUUCUUACAUGGAUUUUAACAUGUUGCCUUUCAAUUUCAUUUACUCAUCAUUGGUUCUGUUCUUCAGGAAUGAUAAUUUAAUGAUGCUUACAGAAAUACAUGGGUUCAGAGCAGCAGUAUUACCUUUACGGCUUAAUUUGCCUUUCCAGUAGAGCUUAACCCUGGGUAAUUGAGUACCCUAUUGAUUUUUAAGAUCCCAUUAUUUCAAACAACUAAGCCCAGUGUACCUUCCCCCAGUAGCUAUCCCAUUUAUCUUUGCUUUUGUACUACAUGUUGGCAUAGACAGACCUGUUCCUACUUUAAUCAACAACUAGAUGAGCAUUUCACACCACAAUCUGCUAUUUUUCCAAAGUACACUUAACACAACCUGGAAAUAUCAGGCUUAGCUGAUUAUUCUCACUGUGUAAAACAAAGUACUUCCUGUCUGCAUGGCAAUAAUUUUCAAAGAAAUUUAAGGGCAGCUUAUAUAGUUUCAUCCAAAGUUUUGUCUUGACACAUUAAAAGUGCAAAAUACAGAGCCCUAUGUUUCUUAUCUUACCAUGCUAAAAACCCCAAACAAAUAAGAAAUCUGUCAUUAAUAACUCAUCUGGCAAAUUCCAUUUGAAAGGUAGUUUUUCUGAAAUCCUAUUAGUCACCUAAGAUAAGUCACUUUCCCCUAGGCUUUCUUGUCUCCCCAUGUAAUAAACUGUUUCCCUGUGGAAAUACUGUCUGUUCACUAGAAAUCCUAGGGUUUGUUGACCUGCAAGAAGAGCUCAGUUUACAUUCCUCCCUCCAAGAGCCAGAAAACAUUCACUAUCAAAUCUACACCAGUGUGUGUUAAACAGCUAAAGAGAAGUUCUCUGUCUUAGGAUGAGGGUAUUUAAUGAAGAAAUAGCUGAUCACUUGAACUGAUUUCUCAAACAAGUCCCUGGUAUCUUUUAUGCAGAAAUCAUUUAGGCAGAGCAGAAUAUUUUGUUACUACAGAAUUGCGUAACAGAGACUUCCCUGUACUUGCAAUUAAAGAAUAAUUUGAAAGGAUGGGAUAAUUAUCCACUAUAAACUUUCCCUUAUAUUCCUAUGGCACUGCUCUUUAAGAGUAUAGUUCAAAUCACAGGCAACAAUAUAAAACAUAAAACUGUAUAUAAUUAAAGGCAUAGAAAAAAAAUCUAUAGAAAGGAAAGUACAGCAUAAUAAACUCCCAACUGUUAAUCUAUAUUGCAUGUGUCUAUGUCUCAUAUGGACAGUGACAAGAGUUUCAGGUGUAAAGUAUUCAUCCUAAAGAUUAACUAAAAUUUACUGGAGAAAUACAGGGAUUUUGGGAACUGGUUUCUUGAAGUCUAUUCAGAUGCACCUCAUUAUCUCCCUCCUACACAAAUGCCUUUCUUUGGCCAUUAAGUUUAAGUCUAUCACUGCUCCAGCCCUUCCACCUCCACCAUUUAAAUCUGCUUUUCUGCACACAAAAAUGUAUAAUCAGUCACAGCCCCAGUGUGCCAAAUGUGGAGGGGAUUCAGUUGUUUGACUGUAUAAAUUUUAGUGCCCAAUGGUAAGACACGUUACGUGGCUUUAUGAAAUUCAGGUUUGAUACUGAGUUAGGAGACCACAGUGUCUACAGAAUAGAGCAGAAUAAGUACUGUGACAGAAAUUAAUGCAUUCUGGUUCUGGACCUAUUUAGUGCUGAAUCUGAAUUGCUCUUAAUGUCCUCAGUUCCUUGAUGCAAGCCUGCAAAUGGCUAGACAAGCACUGUUACCAAGCAGAACUGUCACUGGCUGCUUAGCAUGCUCCAGACAGACUAAUGCUGCAGGGAUUUUUUCUCCAUUUUUUUAAACCCAGUUUACCUUGGAAACUUGUUCAGUGUUAUUGUAUCAGCUGCAAUUAACGGAUUCUGAUAUUAUAUCUCAGCUUGAAUAAUAGGCACCCAGGAUACUGUGGUAAAAAAUUGCCUCAUCUUAGAAAAUAUGCAUUUUUUUAUUCUUUUGAAAUGCUCACCUGCACCCAUGCACUCUUAAAGUGACUGGGGCAGCAUAUGAAUCCCUCUAGUUUGUACUGUGGCAGCCCAACUGUCCAAGAUAACUUCUAAAAAAAAAAAAAAAAAAAAAAAAAAAAAAAAAAAAAGUGCGUUUGUGUAAUUCAAUCCCAGGUCUCUUGUCACAGUCAAAGCCACCAAAAGCUUUGUUGUAAUCUCAGAACACCACACAGCCUCCCUCCCUCCCUCCCCACCGCUGGCCCCCUCUGUUAAUGUCAUAUGAAAGCCAAGCUGGCAUUAGUUGAACAGGGAGGCUGUAUGGAAGUACAGGGCAAACUCUUUGGGUAAAUUCUUCAUGCUAUAAGCUCAGCUGCAGGAACUGGACACACAAAUAUGUUAGAAACAGUAAUAUAUCCCCUUAGAGGUGCUUUGACUAUUCUGGUGAGCAGUUAAGUUUUGGUUUCUCAAGAGUUGCCUCAAAAGCUCGUGAUUGAAAACACUCCUACUUUUGGGGGAAGGACAGAAAUUUUGAACUCAGACCUGUGCACAACAGAAAGAAUUAUGGAUUUGCAAAGGCAAACACAAGAGAGUACAUAGACUGAAUUGAUAUGUCAUAUAAUUACUAACUCACUUUCCCUAAACAAAGUAAUUCACCAGCUUGGAAGUACAGCUUGUUGUCAUGGAACUUGCUUGAUAUUUGGUGCUAAUAAAAAUUGAAGUUUUAAAUCUC